UAAGAAUCAUUGCUUAUGUUCCCAUCUUUAUUAAUUUAAAGCUUUUGUUCUAUUUGAUCUCAAAUCUCGAAGACAAAGACGACUCCUUCUUAUCUUCAACCAACCGAUAGUGAAUAGAAAUCUAUUUUGGCCAAAGCGAUGAAAACGGUUCAAUCAUCACAAGGAGUAAACCGUUCCGGUUAAGAACUGGCUCCGCUCCGUCUUCAACCUCCUCCAACAACACCUCAGAUCCGAAAUACUCAGGUCUAGAGUGGGGUAACAAGAUCGCAGAGCCUGCGGAACUGUCUACAAAGUGAGCGACUGUCUGACGUCUCGCUUAUACGUGCUUUGCAGAAUCAAAUGGACCAUCAAAUAAAAAAGGAUGUAACUACUAACAAUGUUUCUCAGUUAUGAAUGAUUAACUGUGAAUGUAAGGGAACCUGGGUUCAAUCAAAGGGAAGCUCUUUUUCUUACUAUUUUUUUUUGUUUUUAAAUGAUGUGUUGUUUUGGAUAAACAUCGUGUUGUUUUGGAUAACUACAUGUCAUUUUUCUCUUUUUUUAAUGAAACUCAAACGACAUCUCUUAUGUCAAUGACACCAAAGGGAUAUAAUCAUAAAGAAUGGCUUCAGAUAUCAAUCAAAUAUAAGAGUUUCAAAUUAACGUUGUCCAUCCACGAAAAUAUUAACGGAAGGGUUAGUACACUAACGGAAUGCUAGUUUAAGGUUUACAAAUAUAAAAUUUUAGUUGGAGAUUUUUCUUCCCGAUCUAAAAAAUAGUUCGGGGUUUAAACCGCUAAAAAUCCUUGAUAUAAUUAAAAAUUAUUAGAACAAUUUACUUUUUCUAUAUAAAUUUAUGUUAAGUAAAACCAAUGAAAUUUAUUAAUAAUUUAUUUCCAUCUCAUUUACCUUAUCAAAAACAAUUUUAAAUUUAUUAUAUAUAUGUAUAUAUAGAAAUAAGAAAUGAACAUAUCUUGAAAAGUCAAGACAAAAUUUACUCCAUAUAUAUUAUUUCUAAUAUUAUAUACCUAUUUAAAAGUUAAUUAAGAAAUAACUCAGACCAAGAAAAUAUUUCCAAACUAUAAAGAUUUUUUUCCCAUUUUUUCAUGGUCAUAUAAGGGACUUUAUAAAAUCUCAAACUCUUACCUCUGAAUUUCAAUCUAUAUAUACUAUAAGUUGUCCAAAAAACAAAAAAACAUCAAUAUAUACAAUGGAUCUAAACGAGAGCUCCAAUUCUGUCUCAAUGUCUGACUCAAGUUCUGACUCAAGUUCUGACACAAGUUCUGACUCAAGUUGUGACUCUCCCUCUCCCGUCAGGGUACGGGCUACGGUGGGGGAGGAGACCAAAGGGGACGAUACGUUGGUGCAGAGCCUGUACGAUCCCAAAGGGAAGUCGAUCGUACUGUCUGGAACACAUGAGAGAUCCUCGACGAUGAGGUCGUUGAGUAUGGGAGGAGCUGAUCCGACUAGGAGACUUGGAGGAGGGGACUUCAAGGCACAUAUGCUCAUGAUUAAUGCCCGAGAGGAAAUCAUCGAGAAGAUUAUGUCCUUCACGCAGAAUGGAUCUCGUGGGAUCUGCGUUUUGUCAGCAACCGGUGCGGUUUUUAAUCUCAGGAUUCAAUCGCUCGGCUCUAACAGAGUCCUGACGUUCAAGGAUUGUUAUGAGAUAAUCUCGCUGACCAACACAGUGGAGAUAACUGAAAGUGGAGGAGUGAGAAAUGAGACAGGAGUAUGGCGUAUUACAAUCGGUGGAGUUGAUGGUUGUGUCUUUGGUGGUAAUUUAGUCGGUAGACUCACUGCUGCAAGUCAGGUUCAGGUUGUGAUUGGAAGUUUCUGGCCGUUGACCCCAAAUCCGUCUUUGAGGAAGAAAGAUACGUCCACAUCUGUGCUUGUUACACCGACAGUACCAAACGCAGUUGGUUCCUCAUCUGGAGGACAAGUCCAUCAACCAGAAAUGAGAGGCUCUUCUCAUUUUUCGAGCAGCGAGUGGUACAGGAAGUAUUCUGGUUAUAACCCGUAAUCUCAUCUGAAUCUAAGUUAAUAAAAUCCUUGAAAGAGGAUAUUUUCUGCUUUUUAUGUUCUUGGGAGUGUGUAAGACUCAACUGAUGUAUUAAGUGCAUCCAACAAGACAAAAUUUGGUUCAAGUCAUAUUUUCAGUGUUGUCUCUUUUCUUCUGAACAUUCAUCAAACAUUUGGUACAUUGGUUUCUUUAUGAUCCAAUGGAGAUAAUAAAAACUCAUUUAUAUUUAAAAAGAAUUCUUGUCUUAUAAUAUCAUCAACCUUGCUAAAACUUAAACAAAACAUUUCAGAGGAUUUAAUAAUUGAUAAAAAAAAUUAUAAUGGGUUCAAAAGUAUUGUUAGAAAUAUGUUCAAUACUUAGUAGAAACCUAAAAUCGGAGUUAUCUUUUAUAGAACUAAACUAACAGAUUAUCUCUUUGCAUAAAAUAACAAAAUAACAAAUAAAAUAAAAAUUAGCAAAAGAAAAGGAUAAUAUUCCCUUACCACACUGUGCGGUAGAAAGACCAGUCCGCAUGAGAAGAACGGUCAUGGGGUGACCAAAAGAAUGCUCUUUUAUAUAAGCUUGAACAACUGAUGAAUUUGCGAGAUCAUCCAAGUAAGAACAUAACUCUCCCUUCUGGAUCUAACAGAAUCAAAACCAAACCAACUAUAACAAAGAUCAUGGCUACAGUUAAGAGAUGAAACCGUCAAGUAAAAAAUGAUCACAUACCAAAAGAAUCAUCGUAUACAUCUGUAGGAUGGUAACUCACUGGAAACGCGAAUGUAUAGUCCGGAAUGCACAUCAAGAUCAAUUUGAUUUUAAUUUGAUUUUAAUUUGAUUUUAAAUAUUUUAAGUAUACUGUAUUCUAUAUAUGGUAAAAGAUCUUAAGAGUAGUUCUUAUUUUGGCUUUUUUCAUCGGUUUCUAGAUCAUUUUACACUAAAAUUGUUAUGUUCUAUAAUUUCAAAUGAUGAAACAUCAAAUUUCUACAUAUAGGAUAUACCCUUCGCACAAAAACAGAAUGAUGGUUCAACAUACAAAUUACGUAACUAUCAGACAUAGAAAAAUGAACACUGUCUGUGUAAACCCAUUUAUAGAAUACAGUAUAUACUUAUAAUAUUUAAAAUCAAAUUUCCAUCUCAUAUUUAAAGCUCAUGAACCCUAGCAUUGAAGAUGUUAAAAGAGACUAAAACCUAUGAAUCUAAACUGAAACGACGUUGAUGAAUAAAUGAAGAAGACUCAAGCUUCCUCUUCUUUGUAUACCUCUUGCUGAGAAAGGAAUCGAAUCAGACAGCGGUGAAUAGUCUGACCAUGAAAUGCUACCCCGGACCAAUCAUUACCCCCUGCUACUCUACAAACGCUUGUUCUUUGGUGCUCUCAGUACCAAGGUAUUCAUUCCUAUCAGGUUAAGGUUAUCUUCAAGCUACUGCUUCAAGUUAUUGUUUCCAGUCUGUGGCGGGAGCGUAAUGCGCGUAUCUUCAGGAAUGUUUCUCUUACUCCACUGGCUUUCUUCAAGUUGGUCGAUCGUUCUUUGCGUGACAGGCUUCUCUCCAUAACCCGGGAUCCUUCUCAAGCUCUCUCUUUGCUUCAGUUCUAUUUUUGGUUUCUUGUUCUUAUAGCUAAUCGCUGAUGUAUGAUCCUCCUCCUCUCUCUUUUUUUCCUUUUUUCUCUCUCUUUGUAAUAAGUUACAUUGCAACAAUGUAAACUCUAAAAAUGGUAUGAAUUUUAACAUUUGCACCAAAAAAAAUAAAAAAAAAAAGUUAGUAACGGAGUUUUCAUUAGUCUAUUAAAUUUCGCAAAGUCACUUCUGUUUAAAUUUAUUUUUUUGAGAAAAAUGGAGUUCUGUUUAAAUAUUUUAUCCAUUAUAUAUGAUGUAUAUCUAUUCUUAUCUAGUAACUUGUUUCUUUCAAAAAAAUUAUGUAAACUAAAUUUGUGAGAUUGAUGUAUAAUUAAUAAAUUAGCAUUUAAAAUCCUAUAAUUAAACAAGGGUUAAUUUGCUAACUAACUAAUUUUGAAAGUAAUAUUACGAAUAUAAAUAUGAUUUUGACAUUAUUAUGUGAAUAACUCUUUGUUCCAUUUUCUGCCGGUUUUAACUUUUAUACGUAAAAGGUAUUCGAUAAAAGAAGAAAGGUGGUGAUGUUGACAAAUGUAAUACAUGUGGCCAGGAAAAAAACAUAUUGUACUAUACAAAAAUUUCUUCUAACUGAAUAUAGUACAUUCUGCUAAUCGUGAUUUUUGUUUUAUUCAUAUAACACAACGGCGAAUCAAAUUAUGCAUAUAACACGAUAACACUCAAUUAAUUACAACAUACAAACAGAAAGAGACAACGAUAAACAGUGAAAUAAAUAUGGAGGAUAAGUGAACAUUUUCUUUUUUAUAUACGAUACAUAGUAUAAAUCAUCUUCAAAUAGUACAUAAUAGAGGACCCAUUCCAUUCACAUAUAUAAGCUAAUAAAGUUGAUCAUCAUAUAAAAAUAGUAUACAUCUAAUAAAUGAACUGAUGAUAAAUAGUAUAGAAACUCUAUAUAUAGUAUAAUUGUAAAUAUCAUCCCCAACUAUAUUCCACCCCUAAAUACUAAACCCUAAAUCCUAAUCAAUAGAUCCUAAAUUCUAAUAUAAAAAAUAAUAUAUACUUAUAAUAUUUUUUAAACAUAAAAUAGAAAGAACAACAAUGUAGCAAGCGGAACAACGAUGGAGAAUAAGAUUGUAUUUCAACAAUGUAGCAAGCGGAACAACGAUGGAGAAUAAGAUUUUAUUUUUCCUAUAAAAUACAUAGCAUAAACUCUCUACAAAUAAUAUAUCAUAGAUGUUCUAUUCCAUUUACAUACUCAAAGUUAAGGAUAAAUAUCAUAUAAAAAUAGUAUGGAACUGAAUGUGAAUUAAUAGAUAAAUAAUAUAAUCAUAAACCUCCCUCAAACCCCCAUCUCAACCCUUAAAUACUAAACUUUAAACACAAAUAUAAAAUACAGUACUUAUAAUAUUUAAAAUCAAAUUAAAAUCUAAAAACAAUAUAUAAAAUUUUUGUAAAUAAACUAUACAAUAUUAAAAGGCUUGUUAAUACUAUACUAUAUAUGCUUAUCAUAUAGUAUAAGCCUAAAAUUUACGGUGAUAACACAAUUUUCCUUUCUGUCCUUGAUACCAACGUAGUUUCUGAGUCAUAUUGGGAAAAAAAUUGUGGUGAAACAAGAAAUCAAUAAAAAAAUAAAAAUAUCACUAACGAAGAAAAGCAACAAUAGAGAAGAUCAAAAGUGAUGAUACCAAAAUUUGAUGAUAGACAAUAAGGAGAAACACAAAAUAGUGAUUAAGGUGGAUUCAUCAGAAAUGAAGUGAUUUGUUUUCAAUAAUGUAACAUUGGUGAUGAAAUGAAAAAAAAAACACAAAAAGAUAAAAGAACAGAAUAGAAA